UGCCAGGUAUCUGGACUUCUGGCAACGCCCCCCGCAGGGGCUGGGCGCCUAGGUUACAGCCCACAGCCUCACCUGACUUUGGGGCUAGGAGGAGUGCCAGAGGGAGUCAGAGAGGGAGAGACCGACGGACAGGAUGGCUACGGGAUCGCGCUAUGCCGGGAAGGUGGUCAUCGUGACCGGGGGCGGACGCGGCAUCGGAGAACAGAUCGUGCGAGCCUUCGCGGAAAGCGGGGCGCAAGUGGUUAUCUGUGACAAAAUGGAGUCGGGGGGCCGGGCCCUGGAGCAGGAGCUUCCUAGAACUGUCUUUAUCCUCUCUGACGUGACUCGGGAGGAAGAUAUGAGGACCCUCGUUUCGGAGACCAUCCGCCGUUUUGGCCGCCUGGAUUGCUUGGUCAACAACGCCGGCCGUCACCCGCCUCCACAGUGGCCUGAGGAGACCUCUGCAGAGCAACUUCGGAGCCUGCUGGAAGUGAACCUGUUGGGGCCGUACACCCUGACCAAGCUCGCCCUCCCCUACCUGCGGAAGAGCCGGGGGAAUAUCAUCAACAUCACCAGCCUGGUGGGAGCCGUUGCCCAGUCUCAGGCAAUUACCUACGUGGCUACUAAGGGGGCGCUGGCAGCCAUGACCAAGGGCUUGGCCCUGGACGAGAGUCAAUACGGUGUGAGAGUCAACUGUAUCUCCCCAGGAAACAUCUGGACCCCAAUGUGGCAGGAGCUGGCAGCCGCAUCACCUGACCCCAAGACCGCUAUCCAGGAGGGCAUACUAAACCAGCCUCUGGGCCGCAUGGGCAAUCCUGCCGAGGUGGCGGCUGCUGCGGUGUUCCUGGCCGCUGAAGCCACCUUCUGCACCGGCUGUGAGCUGUUCGUGACCGGGGGUGCAGAGCUGGGCUAUGGGAUCAAGGCCAAGCGGGGAGCCCCUGUGGAGGCCCCCGACACCCUUCCGGAUUGCCCUCAUUUCCAGUCGGGCUCCUCUGACUAGGGCUCUCCCACCCCAAACUCAGUCUCCCAAAUUCCAGCUUCUGCCCUCUGCCUCUCGGGUCCAGUCCCCGACUCUAGAUGUUAAGCUCAUUUACCAGUGUGCCAAACCACCCACAGGCUCCCAUCAAAGCAAUUUGCAGCCCUGGCUGGUGUGGCUCAGUGGUUGAGUCCUGGCUCUCGAAUCAAAGGGUCGUAGGUUCCAUUCCCAGUCAGGGCACGUGUCCAGGUUGUGAGCCAGGUCCCCAGUAGGGGGCACAUGAAAGGCAACCACACACUGAUGCUUCUCUUUCUUCCUUCCCCUCUCUAAACAAAUAAAAUAAAUAAAAUCUUUUCAAAAAGCAGUUUGCAGCCAAAAGGAGGAGGUCAUCAUUACAUUUAUUUUCUGUCCACACUGCCCCCGCAUGCCCCCCACUCUAGCCCUAAGCUUGGCCUCCACCCGAGGGACUGCAACUCCCAGCAGACCUUGCAGCAGGAGCUUCUCGACUGGGGCCCCAGGGAAGAGUGUUUGCGGGUUGGCUUCACCAGUGACCCAGUUAAAAGGUUCGCAGGGGAGAGUCAAUUAGGCUCUAAUUAGGAGAUAACGCAGGAGAUGAAGCCAAAGGGCCUCCUGUUUGUUCUCGGCCCUUUGUGGAGCCGUAGGGUGGCCGGCGCUAGAAGUUCUGAGGGCCGGGGAGGCUGGGGAUUGAGACUCCUGGGGCAGAGAGAGGAAGAGCUGGGGGUCGGGACUUCUGGGUUUGGGGGAGGAAGAAACGGGGCGGGUAGGAAACUGGGGGACCUCGGUCUCCCCUGCUUUGGAAGGCAGACUCUGGACUGCCCCCGCCUCCGCCCCCGGGGCACUGUGCCCAGUCGGGGGGUGUGUCCCCCAGGUGUGGGGGUGGAACUGCAUGGCUGCUGUGGAUUGGCAGCUGCGGGGGGUGAGGCAGUCGCUGAUUGGCAGAGGCGUGACCAAGCAGUCUUUUUUUGUUCAUUUUUUAUUUUUAGAGACAGCGGAAGGGAGGGAGUAGGAGGGAGAGAAACAACGAGGUGUGAGAGAGACAGCAAUCCGUUGCUUCUCGCACGCCGCAACCGGAAACUGACCCCGAAUCCUAGGCAUGCGCCCUAAUUGGGAAUCAACCCGCGACCCUCGGUUCGCAGACCGAGGACUCACACCAGCCAGGGCCUAAGCAGUCUUGCGGGCACCGCGCUCCACGACAGCCCCUGGCGGGGUGGUGAGGUGGGGAGGAAUGAAAGCUGGGAGACACCCUGCUAGGGGAAUGUUUGGAAUUUGACUGCCUGUGCCUGUGGCUGUUCCGGCUGGGGAACAGAAUCUGGGGACAAAACUUUCCAGAGUAGGUCUAUGGAGGGAUCGUGGCUUUGGGCUUGAGUUUGAGGAUACAGUAGGAACAAUCGUUUGGAGUCACAAUAACCUGGAUGCAGGAGUUGGGGGAACUCUGGCCACGGAAAGUUUGGGCGGCACAGUGACUGCGGAGCAAUUGGCUGACUCUGCUCCUGGGGGUUCUGCAGUUGGGGAAACCCUCAGGAAGGGGGAGGGGAGGCGGGCAAGCAGGAAAUCCUUGCUCUAGAAGCUAUUCUUACGGGCUCAUUGAUAAGUUGGGGAAUUGACCAUUUUCGGGACCCAUUCAUGAAAAGGACUGGAAGGAGGCAUGGUGAGCCAUGUGUUUUUAUGGCUUAAAAAAUGACAGAAAAACUGUAUUCAAACAGGGUUUUUGCCUGCAACCCCUUCAUCCCUGCCGGCCACCCUCUUCAGAGGCCUUUUCCCAAAGUCCUUACCCUUUUCAUUUACGUGAUACGCACCCACCGCCACGUACAGUGUACUUUUCCCUUUCACCAAGGAAAGGAUGGAGAUCUGCAAAGGUGCUGGCCUUUCUUCUCUUACUGAUCCGGGAACUCAAGAGUUAAAGAUUUUAGCGUUAGUUAGCUGGCAGGCUCCAGUGACCGAUGCUUGAGGAAAGCUGUUAUUCCAGGAAUUGCAAUACAUGACCUGCUGACUCCAGGAGGUUGACAAGCAAUUCAAACUUUGUGCCCCAGGGGGCCUGCAUGCCACGGUGUUCCAGGGAGGCCGUGUCCAGGACACAGAGGAAGUGUUGAUUCACAGAUAAAGAAGUACUAGGAAGAUCGCCCCUCCGCCCCCUUGCCCCUCUGCAACCCUUCUCCAAUUAAACUUUCCCUCCAAACCCCUCACCUACCCUCCCUCCUCCUAAUAAAAAAAAAAAAAAGAGGCUGGUUUGAGAUGGGAUGUUAAGACGGAUUUUAGGGUACACAACCCGCCGUCUUCUCAGACCGCCAGCAUCUGAAUAAAGCGCCCAUGAAGAUUCAAUCCUUGUCUCUCCUUAUUGGUUCUGAUAGUGACGGGCAGCAGAAACGGCCGACUUGGGCGAUUUCAUUAGGGGCUGCUUCUCCUCACUCCCGCUGUGUGGCAGAACCUAUUAAAAUGCAUCUUUGAAAACGCUGCGUGCAAGCUCUUGAACGGCAGUAGCGGGACUGGAACAGACCCCGGAAGGGGCUGGGAGGAGGGAGUCUUCCCAUUCGCUCUUAGUCCGGGGGUGCGUUCUAGCGCAUGCGCUCUGCAGCAGACUCCU